AUGAAACGACACAUCCUGACCAAACAUCCACUGCAUGAUCGUAAACCCAACGAGUUCUUUCAGAACAGGGCAGCAUGCUUCAAGAAACUGCUUCGACAGUGGAAAAACGAUUGGUUUAGUAUCACCUUGCGUAGAGGGAUUGACGGAUUGAAGGCCCUAGUCUCAUUGACCAAGGGUAUUAGGUUCAUUUUUUACAUUGUCACACCAAACGAAUCGUCAUUUGAAAAUGUGGAGGAUGUCCCGCCAUACGUUCAGCAGGCCACCCCGUUCUUUAUGGGCUUGAUGGUUGUAGAGCUGGUGGUGAGCCUGCUGAAGGAUGGAACCCCAUUGGCCUGCGUCAGUGAUGUCGUCACCUCAGUGUCAGCUGGUAUCAUUUCUAGAAUGCCCACGCGGCGGUUUGAAAUAACCACUUACAUCUACAUGUGGAACAACUUCUAUGUACUGGAGCUACCCUGGGACUCUGCCUGGGCAUGGUGGCUGGCUUUCCUAGUGGUGGACUUCGCCUACUACUGGGUCCAUCGCUUUGCUCACGGUAUGGCCAUCAGUCUGGGUUAG